UCCUCCGGGCUGGACUGACCCUGUGAGGCGGCAUGGAGGGGCCCCAAAGCAUCUCCUUGGUCCUGCUGCUUUUUCUGCUGCUGUCGCUGGGCCCACACAGGGAUGUAGCCGCCCAACGCUGCCCACAGACCUGUGUCUGUGACAACUCCAGGAGGCAUGUGGCCUGCCGGCACCAAAACAUCACUGAGGUGCCCAACACCAUCCCUGAGCUGACCCAGCGGCUGGACCUCCAGGGCAACAUGCUGAAGGUGAUCCCUCCGGCUGCCUUCCGGGACCUGCCUUACCUGACCCAUCUGGACCUGCGGCACUGCCAGGUGGAGCUGGUGGCUGAGGGUGCCUUCCGCGGCCUGGGCCGCCUGCUGUCCCUCAACCUGGCCUCCAACCGCCUGAGCGCGCUGCCCCAGGAGGCCCUGGACGGGCUGGGCUCGCUGAGGCGGCUGGAGCUGGAGGGGAACACGCUGGAGGAGCUGCGGCCGGGGACGUUUGGGGCACUGGGCGCACUGGUCGCACUCAAUCUGGCCCACAACGCCCUGGUCUACCUGCCCUCCAUGGCCUUCCAGGGGCUGCUGCGCACCCGCUGGCUGCAGCUGUCUCACAAUGCGCUCAGCGUGCUGGCCCCCGAGGCCCUGGCCGGCCUGCCGGCUCUGCGCCGGCUCAGCCUGCACCACAACGAGCUGCAGGCCCUGCCGGGCUCCGCCUUGUCCCAGGCCCGCGGCCUGGCCCGCCUGGAGCUNCGCCUGGAGCUGGGCCACAACCCGUUCACCUACGCGGGGCAGGAGGACGGGCUGGCGCUGCCCGGCCUGCGGGAGCUGAUGCUGGACCACGGGGCCCUGCAGGCCCUGGACCCCAGGGCCUUUGCCCACUGCCCGCGCCUGCACACCCUGGACCUGCGCGGGAACCAGCUGGACACGCUGCCGCCGCUGCAGGGCCCGGGGCAGCUGCGCCGGCUGCGGCUGCAGGGGAACCCGCUCGGCUGUGAGAGCCGCGGCCUGCAGGCGGUGCCCCGCGGCUUCCCCAGCGACACCCAGCUCCUGGACUUGCGGCAGAACCGCUUCCCCGUGGUGCCGCGCGCGGCCUUCCCGGGCCUGGGCCACCUGGUGUCGCUGCACCUGCAGCGCUGCGGCGUCGCGGAGCUGGAGGCGGGCGCCCUGGCUGGGCUGGGCAGCCUGCUCUACCUCUACCUCUCUGACAACCAGCUCUCCGGCCUCAGCGCUGCCGCCCUGGAAGGGGCCCCCCGCCUUGGCUACCUGUACCUGGAGCGCAACCGCUUCCUGCAGGUGCCCGGGACCGCCCUGCGUGCCCUGCCCCGCCUCUUCUCCCUGCACCUGCAGGAUAACUCUGUGGACCGCCUGGCACCUGGGGACCUGGGGGGCAUGCAGGCUUUGCGCUGGCUCUACCUGAGUGGGAACCGCAUCACCCAGGUGUCCCCUGGGGCACUAAGCCCAGCCCCGGACCUAGAGAAGUUGCACCUUGACAGGAACCAGCUGCGAGAGGUGCCCACUGGGGCCUUGGAGGGGCUGCCUGCCCUCCUGGAGCUGCAGCUCUCGGGGAACCCACUCAGGGCCCUGCGGGAUGGGGCCUUCCGACCUGUGGGCCGGUCACUGCAGCACCUCUUCCUGAAUAACAGUGGCCUGGAGCAGAUUUCUCCUGGGGCCUUCUUGGGCCUGGGGCCCCAACUGCAGAGCCUCCACCUGCAGAAGAACCAGCUGCAGGCCCUGCCUGCCCUGCCUGGUCUCAGCCAGCUGGAGCUGGUCGACCUCAGUGGCAAUCCCUUCCACUGUGACUGCCAACUGCUCCCACUUCACAGGUGGCUCACUGGGCUGAACCUGCGCGUGGGGGCCACCUGUGCCGCCCCUCCCAGUGCCCGUGGCCAGAGGGUGAAGGCUGCAGUUGCUGUCUUCGAAGCCUGCCCGAGCUGGGCUGCCAGGAAGGCCAAGCGGACACCCAGUGCCAGGAGGACCCGCGUGAAGGGAAGACGGCAGGGAGCAGACAAGUGUGUUGGACGACAGCCUUCCACCCCGGCAGCUGAGGGGCAUUCUGGGUGUGGAGGGAGGCCACUGGAAGCUUCGGAAACUCCAGCUGGAGAGGGAGCCACUCAUCAGUCACUAGACCUUGCCAAAGAGGGCAGGGGUCACAGGGUGGGUCAAAGGAGACCCUGGCUUGUCCUUCAGUGCCAGUUCCUCAGCACCAGGCUGAAUUUAUGCAAAAAGGCUCAGUCUCCAAACUAG